AUGAACUGGGCGGAUGCUCGACAAUACUGCAGAGCGAAUCACACCGACCUGGCUACCAUUGAGAGCAGCGCUGAAAAUAGCAAGCUUAACGGAUUGGUCACCUCAGAUACUUGGAUUGGGCUGAAUGACGACUCUGCGUCCUGGAGGAACAAGAUGGGAAAGGAUCGAAACUCCUGGAGAUGGUCAAGCACGGGUGAAACUAGCAAAACUGGUUACCAAAACUGGCAAGCAUAUAAACCAGAUUAUUACGAUGGACUAGAGUCUUGUGCUGUGUUGCUGUCUAGCGGAAAAUGGGAUGAUAAAGAUUGUGACACGGAGAAUGAUUUUGUUUGUUAUGACGGUAAGAAACAUUUUGUGUUUCAUGAUUUACACAGAGCUAAAAAAAUAAAUUCAAUUACAACAUGAUCAAACCACUUUUUCUGUAAUUUAAAAAUUGAAGAAAAGUUAAAGACUAAUUUUUAACUUGUUGCUCUUAUUGAGUCAAACUUUAUCAGCACUUGUUUUCACACAGUCUUUCUUCCCUUCGCUCAAAAUACACCAAACCUGAAUAUGAUUCACUAUCACUCUGACAGUGUGUGGUUUCUUGCACCAGGAGAUGAGAGCUUUAUUACUUUGUGACAAAACUUUAAAAAAUGAUAAAUCUGCUGGGGGCACAAAAUUUCGUGGGGUAAAACAUAUGUGAAGGUCAUUUCAAUUCAUUAGAUCUCAUAUUGUCAGCUAUCAGUCUUCUGAGACACACAAACACACACCAGCCCUUUCCACAUCCCAGAAUGUGAACUCAAGAGCAUGAUUAAAAAAUGCCCUGGUUUGUUGUAUUUGUCUCCUAUCCCCCCAAGAAGAUCCUUGUAUUUUCAGCGAAAUCUUACGAUUAUUAAGACGUACAUUUAUUACGUUUGUUGAACAUCUGACCAUACUCUGAGCCUUCGUUCAGACCAAGUACAUCCAAACCUUUGACCAUUUAUAAAGCUGUACUCCUCUUGUGUUGUAGCUCCGGAUCCACAAAGCCAGAAGACAUACGUUCUUGUUAAGUUAUCAAAGACCUGGUCAGACGCUCUGGCUUACUGCAGAACUCACCACACAGACCUGGCUAUGAUCGAGGAUGCUCAGGAAAAUGAAGCACUGCUAAACACAGGGCGUCUGUAUCAGGUGUGGAUUGGCUUGUACCGAAACCCCUGGAAGUGGUCUAGCAACAGAGACAGCUCCUACAGAAACUGGAAGGAGGGACAGCCAAACAACUACCUAGGUAACCAGCACUGUGCGUUCUCAGACGUAGAAAACACAUGGCAAGAUGCGAGUUGCAGUGAGGAGUAUCCCUUCUUGUGUGAAGAAGGUAAAAAAAACAAACAAAAAAAAAAUGUAAAAAAAAAAGUCUGUCCUUAAUACAUAGUAAUGUUUGUUUUGCUGUUUAGUUCCCAAAAUAGAGAAGACAAUCCUGCUGAAGAUUCACACUGAUGCUGACCUUUCAGAUCCAGCUAUUAGCAACCAGCUCCUGCAAAAGGUAAAGCUCUGUACAGUCUUUGUACUGAAAACAACUGCAGAGGUGGAAAAAGGUACAUGAAUCCCAUUAUGUCUGCUUCAGGUACCUCACAACCUAAAGUACAGGAAAAUAGAAGUGAUUAAAAUUUGCAUCAAAAUUUGAACUCGAGUCCUAAAAAUCCCCAAAACUGGGAUGCUGUGUAAAAACUGACGCGGGAUUGCACAGAUAAAUGGUAUUCAAGCAGCGCAAAAACAACAUACCAGAGGUUGUAACUGAAAAAUUGUUUUAUGAAAAAUUUGUGCAAAUUUUAAAUUUAAUGCAAGAAACACACUCCAUAAAGGUUGGGACAAGGGCAAGCCGAUGUAUUUUUUAGCUGCAUGAAAGCUCGGAGUUUCAUUUGUUUUAUGUUUCAUUUCAAGAUGCACUGUAUGUUUUAGAUUGCUGAGGUCCAGGCCUCUGUUAACAAACUGAACUUGCACUUUCCCACCUCACAAGAGAUAGCAGCUGGUUGAGGCUAGAGAAACGCGACCAAGCAGCGGUACGGAGAUGGCAAAUUCACUUCUAUUUGCCGUAACAAGUAGUGUAAACAGUUACUUCACAAAAAUGUUAACAAAACCAUUAUUGUUAUUGAAAUUUAAAGGAGUCAUCACUCACUACUUUUGGUAAAAAACCGUCAACCUUCUCAAUUUUUUUUUUUUUAAAAUCAUUUCUUUAAACUGAAUUUGGAACAAGACUUGAGCAGAAAUUAGCAGAGCUGACGUCAAUGACAGUUUUAAGCUCCUUUACAGGUGUGAAUGGGCAAACGCAGAGCUGUUAUCUUAAAGGUGGACAUAAAUUCAGAGGUUUAGACCGAUACAGACCUUACCGAAAACUGUGGACUGAUGACAAAGUUUCUGGUCAUGAUACAAAGACUCUCGAGCAAAAGAUGUAUAAACUAGGCCCAGCAACAGGUUACAGAAAGAGAGCCUGCCUUCAUCGCUCUUUGUGGAGCUAAAUAGACCCCCUAUAGACACCUUUAAUCAGAUACUGUAAAACAAAAGAUAAAGCAUCAGUUACUUUUCGAGCCAUUUUUCUGAAGCUGUUUCUCAGUAAUUCUCUUUUGUUAAUUCCCAGAUAAGUGCUCAGCUGUCAGAAAAAAUGGGGCGUGAUAACUUGAGCUUGAAGUGGAAGAUUCAACCGCAGAAGAAAGAGGAAGAAAAAGACAAAGCCGUGGAUCAAUGUCCAGCAAAGUAA